AUGUCCUCUUCAUCGGUUCCAGUAGGCGCAUCAAUCCCCUCCAACGCAUCUCCCGAAACCGUCAACGAGGGCGACUACCGCCUGCACCACGAAGCUCCUCACUCCACCUCGCACGUUCCCUCUCAGGACCACUCCACCUCUUCUCCUCCCGGCGGCGAAGUCUGGGAUGGACCUGGGAAAACAGAGGCAGAUGUUGUUCAUGAAGCGACGCAGCAGAUCGUAAAUGAGCAGGAACUCGAUGGCGGGGCGGGAUCGGGGCCGAAGCCGCCGGUUGAGGGGGAGGUUAGGGAUGAGAUUGCGAAGGCUGGUACAUCCGCUACACAGGGAGAACUUGGGACCCGUGCCUCAAAUACCGUUGAUGACGGAGAUGUCGUUGCGAGGAAGGGUCCCACGUCGGGUGAUCUUGCUUCUGGACACUUAUCCGAAGUCCCCGCUCAACCGCGAAAGGAAGCCAUCAGUGAUGUUAAGGUCAAGCCUGUCGAGCAGGAUUAUUCUGGUGAGCGCCUGGCGGAGACGAAGGCGCAGGGGACUGGUGGUGAUGAUGUUGCGAAGAUCAGUGCGAGCAAGGAGGGAACGCUUGAGGUGAAGGGACGUUAA